AUGAUUGAAUUUAUACUUUUAUUCCAGGCACACUGUUCAAAAGAAGUUGUUCCUUUUUUUGCCUUAUUGAUAUUAGUUCUGGUAUUGGUAGCAACAGCUAUUCCAACUAAGGCAGAUGACAACAAGAAACGUGUAAAGGAUAAGCAAUUAAGUGGUGAAGAUCAUAUAGAAAAUGGUGAACACAAUGCUGAUUAUGAUCAUGAAGCAUUUUUAGGAAAAGAAGAAAGACAGACCUUUGAUCAGUUAUCACCAGAAGAGAGUAGAGAAAGAUUGGGUUUAAUCAUAGAUAAAAUAGAUAAAAAUAAAGAUGGUUUUGUAUCAGAAGAUGAAUUAAAAGACUGGAUACAAUAUGUACAGAAACGUUAUAUUUCAACUGAUACAGAUCGUAUGUGGAAAGAUUAUGAUACUACAGAAGAUAAUAAAAUAACUUGGGAUGCCUAUAUGAAGCGUACUUAUGGUUAUUCUGAGGGUAGGUGUCAUGAUGAAGUGUUGGAAUAUAAAGACAUGAUCUCUAGAGAUAAAAGGAGAUGGGAAAGAGCUGAUACUGAUAAAGAUAAUCAACUAAAUAAAGAAGAAUUCAGCAACUUUUUACAUCCUGAAGAUGCAGAACAUAUGAGGGAAAUUGUUGUUCUUGAAACAUUAGAAGAUAUUGAUAAAGAUAAAGAUGGUUUUAUUAAUGAAGAUGAGUAUAUAGGUGAUAUGUUGCCAGAUCACAAAAUUGGAGAUCCAGAGCCAGAUUGGGUAGCUAGCGAACGAAAACAAUUUCACGAUUUCCGAGAUAAAAAUAAGGAUGGAAAGAUGGACCCCAAGGAAGUCAUGGAUUGGAUUAUUCCAGCCGACUAUGAUCAUUCUGCCGCAGAAUCUAAACAUUUGAUUUACGAAUCAGACGUAGACAAGGAUAACCGAUUAACUAAACAAGAAAUUCUUGACAAACAUGAUAUGUUUGUUGGUAGCCAAGCAACAGAUUUUGGUGAAGCUCUCACCAGACACGACGAGUUUUAA